AGCCGCCGAAGGCGGGUUGCUGGCUGUCGACUCCCGCAACGUGCAGGUUAGGUUGCGCCUCGUCUUGUCUAUUGGUAGCAGCACGACGAUUGAAGUGAUGGCUGAAGAGGAGCCGCUGCCUCCCGGCUGGGAGAAACGCAUGAGUCGAAAAUCAGGUCGUAUCUACUUCUUCAAUCAUAUAACUAAUAAGAGCCAAUGGGAACGUCCCAAAGCGAGUGGGAACUGCAGUUCUGUUGAGCCUGACAAAGUCCGGUGCUCACACCUCUUGGUGAAGCACAACCAGUCGCGGCGACCAUCCUCCUGGAGACAGGAGGAGAUUACACGCAGUAAAGAGGAGGCGCUGGAAACAUUGAAUGAGUACAUCCAAAUGAUCAAAUCUGGAGAUGCAUCAUUUGAAAGCUUAGCAUCCAAAUACAGUGAUUGUAGCUCUGCAAGAGAAGGUGGAGAUCUAGGCUACUUUGGCAAAGGUCAAAUGCAGAGACCAUUUGAGGAAGCUUCAUAUUCGCUGAAGAUUGGAGAAAUGAGUAAUCCAGUUUUUACAGAUUCUGGUAUUCAUAUCAUACUCCGUACUGCUUAAGGUGCCUCCUUUGGUUUGUCUUUGCAGAGUGAAUCACCCAGCCACUACUGAAGACCUUUAUGGAAACAUUCACCCACUUUGCAUCAUAUAUUCUGGUCUCCCUAGUAGUUAACAAUUCUGUCUUCAGCCAUUUGUCCAGCACGCUUGCAGGCACUCGGGACGGCAGAGGGAGGAAUUGUCCUUAACGAUUAUAGGAAAUGAAUCUUUACAAUAAUGCUCUAUUCAGCAGUCCAGUCAUUGAUCCAAUAUGUAGGGUGAGUGUGAGUUAGUGCCAGUCUGAGCUGUAUUACCGUUACAUUGUUGUAGCUUCUGCUAUACAUUGUAUUAAAGACAAUUUAAAUUUUAUUGGAGUAAUGCAGGCUUAAUUUAGACAAAACUAAUGUUUAUUUUCCCAAUACAGAGCGAUCGUGAGAAAGUGUGGCACUCGUAUUAUUAUUCAGCAUUCCUUUAGUUAUCAGAAGUUACGCUAGUGCAAAAGUUUAUUAGGUGUACGUGUUUAAUCUCUUAUUGCUAGUAGUGUCUGUUAAGCUAUUGUUUAUAGUUACAACAGGAUUCUUUACCACUUCCAUAGAAAUGCUUAAGCAUUAAUAUGUGGAGAGGACUUUAGAUCACUCAACCUUUGGCAGCUGUGCUCCUGAAAUACUGUAAUACAGCUGAGUCUUGGAAAAUGAUUGUAUGGUUGAACCACCCUGUUUCCCUGCACCCCCCCACCCCAGCCCCACCACCAAA